AUGGCGAGGAAGCGCCGUCUGAUGCGCAGGGAGAUCACAUUCUCUUCUGCAUCAAAGAAAGAGACUGACAUCCUCCACGCCUUGUCGUUCUACCCCCAAUCCGUCACUUUCUUCACCCGACUACAGACCAACUUGAGCCUCAUACAACAAGCUGCUGCGUACCAUCUUCGACUCUCCCCAGAAGCAUGUUUCGUGCCCUCCGACUUCAACGAUUGGCACUGGGGAAGCUUUAAUGUCUGCAUUCCCAUCAUCGUUGCCGGUAGUAGGCGGGCACUCAUCCGGUUCCCUCUCCCCCAUCGCGUUGGCGAACUUUUCAGACGAGGCAAUGCGGACGAGAAGAUCCGGUGUGAGGCCGGGACAUAUGCCUGGCUGCAGGAGAACUGUCCCUCUGUGCCAAUUCCAAAGCUGCAUGGCUUUGCACUGUCAACGGGUCAAACUUUCACCGCUAUCGAGAACCUACCAAUUAUACGUCGAUAUAUAGAACAUAUCCGCCGUUUUGCUUUGGGGUUGCUUGCCUACCCGCUUCCUUCUACAUACGUCCCCCGUGGGAGAACCGGCACUCAGUCUCUUGCUCACGCAGUAGGAGCCGGAUAUAUACUGAUCGACUACAUCGAGGAGGCUGAGGGUACCAUGCUCUCCCGCACAUGGGAGGACCGCCGCAGUGACGCCAGGCUUCGAUCUAACCUUUAUCGAGGCUUAUCAAGGAUACUCCUUGACAUCGCCCGUAUUCCACUGCCCCGAAUUGGUUCGUUCAUAAUAGACGACCACGGCUAUAUCCAGCUAUCCAACCGACCAUUCACCCUCGAAGUCGCUGACAUGGAGAACUGCAACAUUCCACUUAAUAUGCCUCGAGAAGUCACAUUUUCCUCAGCUGAUUCUUAUCUGGCCAGUGCAAUCUCACUGCACGACAACCGCCUUCGACACCAGCCCAACGGAGCCAUCGAUCGACAAGAUUGCAUCGACCAAAUGUCUGCUCUAACAAUGUUCAGGGUCGUAGCCCCUCGCUUAUUCAGGCCUGAGCUAUCCCAUGGCCCGUUCGUUUAUAUGCUCAAUGACCUUCACAGAAGCAAUAUCCUAGUCGAUAAGGACUGGAAUAUCAAGUAUGUAAUUGAUCUAGAGUGGGCCUGUGCAAAACCCAUUGAAAUGUUACAUCCGCCUGAAUGGCUUACCAGUCAAGCUGUCGAUGAAAUCAAUGACGAUGCUUAUAAUACACAGCGACUGGAGUUCAUGUCCGUCCUACAAGAAGAGGAACAACGGAUGUGCGGUGGGUCCGACAGUAUCUCUAAAACCAUGCAUCAGGGCUGGAGUAACGGGACUUUCUGGUAUUCUUUGGCACUCCAGAGUCCGACUGGAAUAUUUUCCAUCUUCUACGACCGUAUACAGCCACAGUUUGAGCGAAGUCAUGCUACAGAUCCAAAUUUUUACAGAAUUUCUUAUCCAUAUUUCACCACAGAUGCACACGCGUUUAUUGCUCAUAAGUUGCAACAGAGAGCUGAUUAUGAUAGACAACUUCGCACUGAAUUCGACAUGCCACAGUUGCCUUGCAUAUAA